UGUGAGGCGUGCCAGCCGGCUACCGCUCGUGGCACCGGAGAGGGCCGGCUACAAAGGCGAGCCGCCCAACAAGGACAGCAGGGGAGAGAAGGAAUGAGGUAGCAGCGGACCCCUGGAGCCGGCCAUGCGCGCGUCCCGCCCUCGGAGGCCAGCUCUGCUUCGACUAAGCCAGCCCGGACCGUGAUCGGCUGAAGCAGGGAUGCGGUGAGCCCCAGCCGGACUGCUGCGCGGGGCCCCGCCGCCAGACUUGCGCUCCGGGUACACCGCGAACCUAGCCCCGCUGAGGGCACUUGGUGUCCCGCACCCCGUGGGGGUGGGGAGCUCUGGCUCCUGGCACACUCGCGGGAGAGUUUCCGCAGCUUCUGACCGCAGCCUCUGGGGUUGUGUGCUGAUCCGGAGGUGCGCGGAGAGGGUUGGAGGGUCUCUUUUCCCGUUUGCCAAGGAGUGCCCCACACGUCCCGGGCGCUUUGAUUGGGAGCUUCCUCCGUUGAUUUACUCACGCGCAUCUAUCUAGCUUGUUUCUAAGACAUUUUCGGCUCCAUUCGUUGCCGUUUCUCUUUUUGUUGUUUGCCUGAGACGCAGCCCUGGUCCUUGCCCAGGCCGGGUUAAUUUGGUGUGCGCGUGCUCCCCCCCCCGCCUUUAAUUUUGCAGGUUGGAAAUAAUUUUUAAAAAAUAAUCUCCCCCGCUACUCCCGCGGGGUUUCCAAGACCCCUUCCUCCAAUACAACUCACGACUACUGGGGCGCUCCCAGCAGACUUUUAUUUUUUGGUCUUGCGGGGGUGAGCCCGGCCGGGGCUGGUGGCUCAGCGCGGCUCGCUCCCGGCGCUCCACAGCCGCCGCCGCCCAGCUGCGCCGGGGCACCCUCCGGAGAUGCUGCCGUGGAAAAAGCACAAGUUCGAGCUGCUGGCCGAGCCGCCGCCGCGGCAGGCGUCCAAGCCCAAGGGUUACGCUGUGAGUCUGCACUACUCUGCUCUCAGUUCGCUCGCUCGGGCCUGCCCGGAAGGCGCACUCAGCCGGGUGGGCAGCAUGUUCCGCUCCAAGCGCAAGAAGCUGCACAUCACCAGCGAGGACCCGACCUACACCGUGCUCUACCUGGGCAAUGCCACCACCAUCCAGGCACGCGGCGAUGGCUGCACCGACUUAGCCGUGGGCAAGAUCUGGAGCAAGAGUGAGGCGGGCCGUCAGGGCACCAAGAUGAAGCUUACUGUGAGUGCGCAGGGCAUCCGCAUGGUGCACGCUGAGGAGCGCGCGCUGCGCCGCCCGGGCCACCUCUACCUGCUGCACCGCGUUACCUACUGCGUGGCGGACGCUCGGCUUCCCAAGGUCUUCGCCUGGGUGUACCGGCACGAGCUGAAGCACAAGGCGGUCAUGCUGCGCUGCCACGCAGUGCUGGUGUCCAAGCCCGAGAAGGCGCAGGCCAUGGCACUGCUGCUCUACCAGACGUCGGCCAACGCUCUGGCAGAAUUUAAACGCCUCAAACGGCGGGACGAUGCGCGCCACCAGCAGCAGGAGCUGGUGGGCGCUCACACCAUUCCCCUUGUGCCGCUGCGCAAGCUGCUUCUGCACGGACCCUGCUGCUACAAGCCGCCGGUGGAGCGCAGCCGCAGCGCGCCCAAGCUCGGCUCCAUCACCGAGGACUUGCUCGGGGAGCAGCAGGAGCAGGAGCUCCAGGAGGAAGAGGAGGAGGAGCUCGAGGCCUGCCUGGAAGAGGAGGAGGAGGAGGAGGAGAAGGGGGACGCGGAUCACCCAGCAGGGGAAGAGGAGGCCGAGACGCAGGGGGCGCUGGUGGUGGCCAUGCACCUUGAAUGCGGGGACUUGGUGGACACGUUGGAGAACGACCGCGAGGAGGCGCCGGGGGGCGGUGGGGUCUCGCUAGGCCCCGGGGCCGAACCGCCGCCCCUGCUGCUGGGAAGCACGUCCGACAUCAAAACCGAGUUGUCGCAGCUCAUUAGCGACCUGGGCGAGCUCAGCUUCGGCAACGACGUGCGCACGCUGCAAGCCGACUUGCGGGUGACGCGCCUGCUGUCGGGCGAGAGCACUGGCAGUGAGAGCUCCAUUGAGGGUGGGGGCCCGGACGCCGCCUCGGUCACCUCCGCAGACCUGUCCGGCUCCACCGGCAGUGCCAGCCCGGAGCAGCCCCGCUCGGGCUGAGUAACAGCCGCGCCCACAGGGGGCCUCCCGAGUCAUCCCCGUGUCCCACACCCAGGAAAGGGAAAGCCUGGGGGACGCCCGGGUGCCCAGUGAACAGGUGCCCCGGCCGCCACCGCCCCCUCCUCUCCACUCCAUCCCAGCUCCGCGCCACGCCCCACUCCCUGGCUCGGUUUGUGGCGGCUCAGGUUGCGCGAUGGGAUACCAGGUGCCUUGUGAUUGGGGCAAAUCUUGCCGGAGGCCCGGUUGGGGUCCCGUUCAGGGCGUCCGCGUGGCGCGAGGUGCCUGGCCUUGACUUCCUGUUUGCGGCUGGCUGGGCCGGACAAGGAGGGGUAACUUCCUCCUCGACCCCCUGCCCGGAGGUCCCGCGCUCUCCUUCCCGAGUCUACAAAUGAGCCUGUUCACCUCCAUUCUUUUUGGUUGGGCUGUUUACCUCAGACCGAGAACCUUGAAAACCUGCCAAAUUCCUCAAAUAACUGUUUUAUUUGGGGUUGCGGUGAUGGUGGUGAAAGAAAGUUGCAUUUUGUUUACAGUUUAAGACCUCUAAUAUCUUAAAAAAAGCUUUAGUUUAGAAACACACACACCUCCCUCCUGCUCAGAAGAUGUCACUCCGUGCCGUCGUGUAAAAUAUUUGUUGCACUGUUGUGAAGUAUUUUGACAUCUGUUAUUAUUUUUGCUUUGUUCUGUACAUAAUUGUGUUCCCAGAGCUGAUGUCUAUACCUUUUGCUGUGCAAAAGACACACACACAAAUGUAAAAAACGGUUGUGCAAUUGUACAUACAGAAAUGUGUAUAAAACAUUUUGUUAUUUUUCAA